AUGAGGCAAAUUGGACAUGGUUUCUUCAAAAGUGAUAAUUUGUUUGAGAUUAAAGGUUUCCCGUGUGCCCAUGCUAUUGCAGCCAUCCUUGCUGAUGAUGGUGAUCCAUACGAGUACAUUGAACCUUAUUUUACUGCAGAUUACUACAGAAGUUGUUAUGGCAUUCCAAUUGCACCUGUUCCUGAUAUUGAGAAAGAGGCACCAGAAGAACUCGAAGACUUUAUAGUGAAACCUCCUUUAACUAGAAAACGACUUGGUACACCUCGAACCAAGAGGAUCAAAUCCAGAGGGGAGGAGAAAAAAUGCUACAAAUGCAGUAGAUGUGGUCAAGGUGGCCAGCACAACUGGAGGACUUGCAAUUCUCAAAUAUGA